AUGCGCGCGAUUCAGCUUACGGAAUAUGUCAAGGGACCUCUCGAUCUGAAAGUUACUGAGCUCCCCACUCCCUCCCCCUCCCCCGACAAGUACCUUAUCGAGAUUCAUUCUGCCGGUACCAACUUCUUCGACCUCCUUCAGAUUCAAGGCAAAUACCAGCAGCAGCCGCCUUUCCCAUGGAUUUCGGGGAUGGAAUUCGCGGGCACCGUCCUAGCCACGCCAACAGCCGCUAAGAACCCACGGUUUAAGCCCGGUGACCGCGUCUUCGGUGCCAAUCAGGGAGCAUACGCUACGCAUAUUCUUGCUCCCGAACAGUCUCUGCUGCCUGUCCCCGAAGGAUGGAGUUUCGAGGAUGCGGCCGGGCUGUUCGUCACCGCGCCCACUUCGUAUGGAGGCUUGGUACACCGUGCCAAUGUCCAGCAGGGCGAUUGGGUCCUGGUGCAUGCUGCGGCAGGUGGAGUCGGGCUGGCAGCGGUGCAGAUCGCGAAAGCCCGGGGCGCGACGGUGAUUGCGACCGCGGGGACGGAGCGCAAGAGACAGAUCGCGAAGGACUUUGGCGCCGACUACGCGGUCGACUACCGAGACAAAAACUGGCCUGAGGUGGUCAAAAAGCUGUGCGAGGAGCACCGGACGGGCAACGGCAAGGCCGGAGUGGACAUUGUCUAUGACCCCGUGGGGAUGAUCGACCAGAGUCUGAAAUGCGUCGCCUGGAACGCGCGACUGCUGAUCAUCGGGUUUGCGGCGGGGAAGAUCGAGAAAGUGGCGCUGAACCGGGUCCUGCUGAAGAACGUGAGUCUCGUCGGGUUGCACUGGGGCCAAUACGCCCACUUUGAAAAGGAGACAGUGGGCACCGUUUGGCGGGGGAUCUUUGAUUUGAUAUCCCAGGGCAAAUUCCGGGGGACCGCCUUUAAGGAUGAAAGCUUCGUUGGCCUGGAAAGCGUCCCCCGGGCGUUGAAUGCGUUGGGAAGCCGAGAUACUUGGGGAAAGGUGGUGGUCAAAGUGGUCGACGAUGACGCUUCGAAGUCGGGAAUUACACAAAGCAAGUUGUAG